AUGCCGGACACCGACGCGCGGAGCUUAUCCCACACGGUCUUCCAUUCCCAUCCAUCGAUUCCAGCAUGGCUGCAGGAGCCCGUUGGAAAUAUAUGCCUAUUGAUUCGGGUGGGAGCGAAACGCGUUCCCCCCACUUUACUCUUGGCACUUGCGAAAGGAACAACCGAAGAAAUCCUCAUGGGUCGAGUGGACUCCGGAGGCGGGCCCCAGGCACUCCGGUCCAGUCGGCGGCACGGUACCGAGUACGAAUUCAUCUUGAAACCUGGAUUACCGGAAAUUAUUUUUUCCGGGCCGGAUAUCUUCACGGGACAAGUGAUGUAG